AUGGCUCCGGCCAGCCAAGAUGACUUGUUGUUUCCCUCAGAGGGUGGGGAUGAACCCUUUUUCUCAGAGGAAAGCUUGGCCAGUGGGGGCCUCUCCCUUGCUGAGGCUCUCCUCCCGCUGGCAGAGUCUCCGUCUCCCUCUCUGAACCCCUUGCUUUGCUCCACCCGCUACAAGACAGAGCUGUGCAGUCGCUAUACUGAGAGUGGAACGUGCAAGUACGCAGAGCGCUGUCAGUUUGCUCACGGCCUGCACGAUCUCCAUAUGCCCUCCCGCCAUCCCAAGUACAAGACGGAGCUGUGCCGUACCUUUCACGCGGCCGGUUACUGCAUGUAUGGCAGCCGCUGCCUCUUUGUGCACAGUCUGAAGGAACAGAGGCCCCUUCGCCACAGGCGGAGGAACGUGCCCUGCCGCACGUACCGUGCCUUUGGCGUUUGCCCCUUUGGAACCCGAUGCCACUUUCUGCACGUGGAGGGCGGCUCGGAGUCGAGUGACGGCAGCGCCGCCGUGGAGGAGAAGGCCUGGCAGCCGCUGCUGCCACGCUCCGGCGACUGGAAGCCUCGCGGUGCGCUCUGCCGUACUUUCAGCGCCUUCGGCUUCUGCCUCUAUGGCACUCGGUGCCGCUUCCAGCACGGGCUCCCCAAUGCGUUGAAGGGCCUCGAUUUGAGCCAGUCACCCUGGUCUCCUCAAGGGCAUGCAAGAGCCCUCUCUCCAGCCUCAGAUGUGCAGUCUUCCUCAUCCCCUCGUUCCUCUGCCUCCUCGUCCCCUCAGUCUGUGCUGGCCUCACCUGCUUUCCCCCAUGACUCUGGACCCAUCACGCCCUCAUCUGGAGAGCUGAUGGCCAACAACGCGUUCACCUUCAGCAGCCAGCACCUAAAUGACCUGCUAUUGCCGCUGGCCUUCCGACUCCAACAGCUUGAGCAGGCCAACAGUCUGAGUCCACGGUGUGAGCAGAACCAACCACUGCUGUCUUGA